AUGCAACGUGUCACAAGGUCGAAUGAGUCAAGCGGUUCUAUUAACGAUAAGCUUCGUGGCUAUUUUGAAUCGGAAUCCUUUAUGGAUAUUAUGAGGAGAGUGGUUUCGAACAUGGUUGCGGAAGAAUCUUUUCAACUUGCUCUCAAAAAAAGUGUAGAUGCAGCAGUGGCGAGCGCCGUUGAGCCUUUUAACAAGAAGCUAGCUGAAUUUGAACAAUACGUGCCACGAGUAACCGAUUUAGAAAAGAAGAUUAGCGACCUUGAAUCUCGUCUGUCAGCAGCGCAAGAGGAAGCUAAACUUGCUAUAAAUAAAGCUAAUGAUAACGAACAAUACUCUAGAAAAUAUAAUUUGAGAUUUAUCGGCAUUGAAGAGAAGAAAGAUGAAAAUUGCACUGAGUUAAUCGUUGCAUUCUGCAAGGAGAAAUUGGGGAUCGUCGUGCCUAGCUGCUAA